AUGAUGCUGUCAAACGCGGAUCGUGAUUCGCAUCAAUUGCCGCUGGCAAACAUGCUGGCGAAAUACUUUGUCUGGAAACAGUUUGACUCUAACUUGUCCGAAGACAUAUGUGUCUACAGCUGGUUAAGGCGCAAGCAAUUAAGCACAGCUCGCAGACAGCUAUAA